AUGGCGGAGUUUCCAAAGGAGAAACGCCUCCUCUUCUUACAUACCGAUCCUGGAAAUCCAACAACACAACGUCGCACUCGCAGCAAGUCGCUCGACUCUAAGGUCCGUCGCCAUCUCAUGGUCGACAUUGGCAAGUCCCGAAGAAAGCCAUUGAAAGAACCUCAAUUCGUCACCUUCGUAUGGUCCCUGGCAAAAACCAGUGCUGACCAAGGUGAACAUUCGACCAGUCGAGAUGCUGAAUCCUUGCAACUUCCUGCGAAGGAUUUGGUUGUACGAGAGACUGCUGCGCAAUAUCCUGCACUAUCUACUACGACGCCGCCCGUCUUACAUGCAUUGUCCAUCUUCGAGAAGGAAUGGGGAGAGGACUCGAUUUCAGCCUAUGGGUUCACCUUGAUCAUGGUCGCAGGAAGGAACGCAAUGGGCUCUAAGCUGCGAUCUCUCGCGUUGGAACGCUCUUUAGAAACCAUUCAGUGUGUUGAGUCCAGGCUUUCUAGCUCUGAUGCAAGCAGCGCGACAUCUGAUGGUGUACUCCAUGCGGUGUUGGCACUGGUUUGCUACAAUUUUACUAGUCUGGACUUUGAUCAGGCGAUGAUCCAUGUAAAGGGCAUGUGGGCGGUGAUUGCAGCAAGAGGUGGCAUUUCUACCUUGGAAGCCAACCGGGACCUGAUGCUCAUGAUUUUGUGGGUUGACGUUACUGCGGCAUUGCUCCACGACACCAAGCCGAUUUUUCCAUUAUCCGCUCCCGUGGCCAGCGCCAGCGUAUUCAGUGGCUCGGGUCUGGAAACGCUGCCUGAUCCCUUACUCAGCGUCAUUAAUGACGAAAACAGACAGGAUACGCGAUUCAUGAGCGCCCUGUCCUGUAUAGGUGAUCUGAAUGCACUCGCUGCACUUGUUCGAUUCGAGCUGGCGACCAAAGGUAAUGCCAUCUGGGACGACGAAGAGUGGAUGGGCAUCCUCAUGAAUCCAGUCACUCACCAGUUGCUGGAUCAAUCAUCGAGAUCCCAGCCAGUAACGCGUUGCGAUAUUAUUUCCGAAGCGCUUCGGCUCGGCGCCGUGCUCUGGAUCAUACGGGUGAAGCGACGGUGCCGCUCCUAUCCCGGAACUGCUGAAGAACGUAUCUCAAGGUUGCUUAAGACGCUAUCGAGCGAGUCCAAUGCGGAACAGGUCUGGAACAGUCCCGGCCUACGCCUCGUCCGUCUUUGGCUUCUCGUUCUCUGCAGCAUUGGUGAACCUAGUGAUGAAGACCUCGCGACCUCGAGGAAAAUGAUAGCCAGCGAGAUGAAACAGCCGAGGUUGGUGUCGUGGGUUGAAAUCAUGGCAGAUGUUCGCCAGAUGCCCUGGGUCGACAUUUUUGAUCCUCCCCUCGACAACAGCCUGACAGGCGGCUUGGCCAAGCCGGUCAAGAACGCGGGGCUGCUGACCAGUUGGCACUGCCGGGGCACUCGAUCCCGGGGCACAGUGACGAUGACGAACAUGUGGGUUUGGCUCAAAUAA